UUCAGCUCGGAUGCACCACACUAUUCUUUACUAUAGUGCCUCCUCUGAGGUGCAGUGACCUUCUUCAGAGGAACACUUUGACCUGUUUAUGCACGAGCAGCCAUAAGAUCUGGGCCUUCAGUUUCCUGAAUUCACUUGACCCACUUUAAAACAUUUCUUCAAUUUGUGGAUAAAGAUCUGAUGGCAGAUAAUGUCAACCUCUAACAACAUAGCGCAAGCUCGGAAGCUGGUGGAGCAACUCCGUAUUGAGGCUGGUAUAGAGAGAAUCAAGGUUUCUAAAGCGGCAGCAGAUCUUAUGAACUACUGUGAGCAGCAUGCCAAAAAUGAUCCGCUGCUGGUUGGAGUGCCAACUUCAGAGAAUCCAUUCAAGGACAAAAAGCCAUGUUCUAUUCUAUAAUUUUCCUCUUCCAAGCGUUUCAGCAGUUUCUUGACCAGCUGAUGGUAUCUGAGACAGAUAGUCAGGUCAUUUUCAAGAUUACAAUGAUCUGCAGAUAACUCAGAUAGCUAAAUAUUUUGCCAGCUGCAAAAUAAAAGAACACAGUCAUGCACAUUAUAUGAGAGACACUUAGAUUUCAAAUGUAACGUUGAUACAUUCAGAUGACUGCAAUGGUAGGUUUUAUUAUUUUCUUCUGUGUGUAUUUUGGGGAAGAAACAUUAGUGCCAGUAGUGUUUUCAGAGAGGAUUUACUGUACAUAUAAGUGUCAGGACUGCGCUGAACAGCUGUAGUUUGUAUUCCAGACUGAGCCAUCAUAAGCAUUGUUGGAGAACUCUGUCUAAUCCAUUAUCAUUUACCCCCCCCCCUUGUAAUUUCACCCUCACACAGUAUCUAUAGUUCCCUGUAUGAUGGACGCAUCAUACAAUUUCCCACUUUUUCUUUAUGCUUAUUUUAGUGAAUUUGUUGGAGCUUUUUAACAGUUUUCACUAGGAGACUGCAGGCAUUGUCUACCCAACCUAUAUUUUCAGGGUAUGGGUUGCUGCAACACACAUAGAAAUUUAAAACAUGAAUUACAGAAAUGAUCAAGCCUUUAUGGAGUAAACAUUGAGAUUGUACAGCCAGUUAUGAAUGAAGAAGUUCCAACAACUCAAUUUUACCCAUGUAAUUUAAGAUAUUUUUUCCCUCUGGAUGUCUAAAAAGAAUUAAACACAGCCUAGGUGUCACAUGAAAUAUACAUUUCGGGAUUGUUUUACAAAAGGUAAACCAUUUCCUUUGUGGUUAUGUAAAUGGGAUUUGUAUGAAGGUACUGUACUCCAUGUGGUAGAUUACAUUCCGACCUGUGUUCUUUUCUGUGAAGAUAUAGUAAAGGAAAAUUCGUGGGAUGAGUAUGAUCUUUUGUAAGACAGUUUAAGAUCUUCAGGAAUUUCCUUACAUGUUUUGUAUAGGUUAUACAUAAUUCCUAAUGGAAUGAAAUAAACGGCUAUUCCUGUUGUGUGGUGCCAUUCAUUUUCUAUAUGAUUGGUCAACUGGUAUUAUGUUUUAAACAUAAAAAAAUCUGUAGUUUUCCUAUGACCCCUUUAUAUUCUCUGGUAUAUUGUUUUGUAAAAUACCAUUGAUACUUGAACUGCUACAACAAUAAGACUUUUUCUGUUACAUGAAACAUAUAUGUUAGACCUUAUGCGAAGAUUGUGACAUCAUAGAGAAUAAUCUUGUGCCAUCAUAAAAGUGAUUGACUUUUAAUGUACAGUAAUAAUGAAACCAGCACCUCUCAUGUCUCCUGCUAGUGGGCCACUUGCAGGAUUGUAGCAAAUUGUAUUAUUGACUGCGAGUAUAUGAAAUGUUUCCUAGCCAAGAGCCAACAACACGUAACCAGCAUCAAACACUGUCUGCCAAUGCACCAUUAACAUAUAGAUAUGUUGUAUUUUCAUCUGGCAAUGCAAUUUGUGUAGCUAUAAAAGAAACAUUUAUAAGCUAAUGUUCUUUCCUGGGGCCAAAAUGGGCAUUACUCACCCAAAACUAUUAGGAACCAAGCAAGUGGUGGUUCAUCUCUUAAUAUUAAGCAACUGCAUACAAAGUCAUUCCUAAAAGGGGUAUUCCAAUCCUAGUCUGAGGACCCCUUCCCCCAUGAAAACAGCCCAGCCAGCUGUUUUACUAAAUUUGACACCCAUUGACUUUAAUAUAAUUUAAUUGAAACAAUGUAGCUCAUGGUGCCAUGUUGUUUGUGCAACUCCCAAUAAAGUCAAUGGGUAUUAUGCAAAUAAAACAACCAACUUGGUUGGUUUCAGCUUCUCUACCACCUUUAGCAUUUGCAAGCAGGCCGGACAGGGCCAUGGCGUCCUAGUAGCGAGAGGGGAAUUCCCCCUUAAUGUAUACCUCUUUUAGGAAUCAGCCUUAGAGCUGUGAGCAAAUCAGGUUCCCAACUGCCAUGUGAAUCUGUUACCAAAUACAGGCUCCCAUCAGUAGCUUGUCCAUCUAUUAUUUCAUUGCUAUUAGAAUUCAGAUCAUGUACAGAAAACCUCAUCUCCAGAUUUAGAUCACAGGAGCAAUGCACACGUUCCACCUUUUCUUUGUGUUUUGUGGUGUGCCCUGAAUAUGUCCGCAGUAUUCUAAUACAGAAAUUGUACCUAUAGCGGCUCCCUUUGUAAUGAAUGGUAUACAUUGUUGGUGUGAUAUUCUAUUCUAUGCUGUAUUUUACUAAGCCACAGUGAUCUGCUCAGUGUUCUUAAGUGUUUGAAAGUUCCUUUCCUUUUCUUCGUGUAUACAAUAUUUUCCAACCUUGGUAUUCUUUUGCCUGUUUAACCAGUUGAUAACUCACUAAAUAUCUGUACGGUGUUUAUCUUCACACUAAUCCUUGCAACUUUAUUGUAAACUUUUCUCAUGUGCCAAAUAAUUUUGCACUGUAACUAUAUUUUGUGGUGUAGCUGUUAUAAUGUUUACUUAAAUAAAGAUUCACUACACUUUACUUAUA